AAAGUGAAAAUCCUUGACAUCAAAAUCAAAAUCACAAGAUAAAAAAGAGUUGGAAAAUCCCUCUCCUUGUUAAGACUUACGAGUAGUUCUUAGUUCCUCACUUCUCCCAACUCCAUUUCCUUCAUUAGUUCACCCCCAAAUAAUUCCCUAGAAUAUUUAGGCAUCCGACCCAGGUUUUAGCAAAUUCAUUGCAAAAUCAAGAUUGCAAUUCCCUAAAGUUUCAAAGAACAAUGGUGGGAAUCAUGGCGACUGAUUGUGGAGAUAAGAUUAGAAGUCUCAUUGCCUCAGUUACCUUCGCUGCUGAUAACCCUUCCAAGUUUCAAAACCUUCAUCAACUUAAGCACCAAUUGUUGAAGAGUGUUCAAGAUUCUUCUAUCUCUUUAUCUGAUUUUCUUCCUUCCUUGUUGAAGCUCCUGUCUGAUGAUUUUAGCCCUGUUCGUAAAUGCAUCUCUGAGGUGAUUGGUGAAAUUGGGUUGAAGCAUUUGGAGUUUUUACCAGAAACUAUACCUGCAUUGUUGACUGUUGUGGAUGAUGAUACUCCAGCUGUGGCUCGGCAAGCUAUUACAUCAUGUACUAAUAUAUUCUGCUGCACUCUGGAGAAAAUAGCAAUUCAGGGUCUACAUGAACGCAAAUUGGAUGAUUUGCUUGAGUCCACAUGGGAGUGGAUGCUGAAGGUAAAGGAAAAGAUCUAUACAAUUGCUUUUGAGUCUGGAAGUGAUGGGAUACGAUUAUUGGCACUGAAAUUUGUUGCAUCUAUCAUUCUCAUUUAUACACCAGAUCCCAAUGGUGGUACUGAGCCGCCAACUCAUCCGAUUAGUGAUAGUGAUGAUAAGGUUGUAGGUAAAGAAAUGGGAUUCAAUAUAUCAUGGCUCCGUAAAGGGCAUCCUUUUCUCAAGCUUGGAGAACUAUCUGUUGAAGCUACUCAAAGCUUGGGAUUAUUGCUUGGUCAACUUCGCUUACCUAUGGUGAAAUCCCUCAGCACAUCGAUGAUGGUUGUGCUCAUUAAUUGUUUGUCAGCCAUCGCAGUAAAGAGACCCUCUUUUUACGGACGCAUUCUUCCAGUUCUCCUGGGUCUGGAUCCUUCAAAUUCUGUUGUAAAGGAAUUGCAUGCUUAUGGAGUUCAAAAUGCUUUGAAGACUGCAUUUCUCUCGUGUUUGAAGUGUGCACACCCUAGUGCUACCCCGUGGCGGGAUCGCUUACUUGAUGCUCUCAGGGAAAUGGGUGUUGGAGAUUUGGCAGAACAGGCCCUUGAAAGAGUGUCCAAUAUCAAUGGAAAUGUGAAGCAGGAAACACCUAUAUCAAUUGUUAAGGAGGAGCUGGCGCUUGAACACCAUGAUGCAGCUCAUACUAAGGUGGGAAGGAAAAGAUCUAGUGACAUGGAUGUAGGUAACAGAAAUGAAGAUGAUGAUACCCCUGGAAAACGUGCCAGAUCUGUGCAUAUUGUAUCUGAGGAACUGACCGAUAAGUCCAAUAUUCCUUAUAAAGCUGUUGAAGUUAAACCUGAUACAACUGGAAAAGCAAAUAUUUCUAAUGAAGAUGACUCAGCUCCCGUGCGACAUCUUAUAGGGCUUUUUGGGGAUUUGGUUGCUCAAGGUGAAAAGGCUGCUGCAUCUUUGCAGAUUCUUAUAUCAGGUAUCUCUGCCGACUUACUUGCAGACGUGGUGAUAGCUAACUUGAGAAACUUGCCUUCUACUUGCCCCAUGAUUGAGGGAGAUGAGCUUCAAGCAAAUAUAGGUUUGCAGCAAAGUAGUGUGGAUACUGAAAGUCCCUUCAGACAAAUUUCAUCUUUUUUGACAAAUGCCUUCCACUGUAGCGAUUCUGAACAAACCUCAGCAAUGGAUGCUAAACAACUAGUGUCAUAUGACAUUGAGCAUCCAGUUCUACAAGAUUCACAUGCUAUGGACAUUGCUGAUAAUAAUGUGGCAUGUACUGUUUCAAACAAAUCGACGGAGCUUGUCGAUUCAGAUAUACCGUGUGCUGUUGUUUCUGAUAAUCUUUUGGAAAUACCCAAGGUUUCAGCUGGUACCUCUGAGUUGCAAGACGUGGGACCCACAGAUACUGCCAUUCCAGGCUUGGAUAAUGCUCAUAGGGUUGGACUGCGUGAUUUUGUUGCUUCUUCGUCAUUAGCCUCCACAGAUUUGGAUGAUGGGAGCCAAGAUCAAGCUACCAGUGUUGGGAGAAGAUCUAUAGCAGAAUCACUUCCAUCCGUGUCGACUGAGAAGUCUGAGGAACUUAGCUCCAGAGCUGCUGCAGUUGAUGCAAACAUUGGAAUGGCCUCCACAGCAACUUCACUAGUUUCACUUCACAAUUUUGUCUUGCCUAAGAUGUCAGCACCUGCUAUAGAACUUUCUGUUGAAGACAAUGAUGCGCUUCAAAAGCUGGUCUUUUUACGAAUUGUGGAAGCAUACAAGCAGGUUGCGGUUUGUGGAGGUUCACAGCUUCGAUUUUCUUUACUUUCUUAUUUGGGAGUUGAGCUAUCGUUGGAGCUGGAUCUUUGGACAUGUCUACAAACACACAUAUUGUCGGAUUACGUAAUUCACGAGGGACAUGAGAUGACCUUGCGUGUCCUCUAUCGGCUGUAUGGGGAGGCAGAAGAAGAGCGCGACUUUUUUUCUUCGACAACUGCUACUUCUGUAUAUGAAACGUUUCUUCUUAAAGUGGCAGAAACACUAAAAGAUUCUUUUCCGGCAUCGGACAAAUCCUUAAGUCGAUUGUUCAGUGAAGUUCCAUAUCUUCCCCAAUCAAGUCUUAAACUAUUAGAAAGCUUAUGCUCUCCUGAGAUUGGAGAUAAAGAAGAAAAAGAACUGAACAGUGGAGACCGGGUCACUCAAGGUCUUAGUGCUGUGUGGAACUUGAUAAUGCUGAGACCAACUUUGCGCGAUGUACUGUUGAAAAUUGCUUUGCAGAGUGCAGUUCAUCAUAUGGAGGAAGUGCGUAUGAAGGCAAUACGUCUGGUUGCAAAUAAGUUAUAUCCUUUGUCGUCAAUUUCCCUGCAAAUAGAAGAAUUUGCAAAGGAGAAGCUGCUAUCUGUGGUCGAUUCACUUGAUUCUGCUACUGAGGGCACUGAAAAUUCUAAUAUUCAAUGGAAAAAGAAUACUGAAUCAGUGUUGGCUGCUAAAGAUCAAAUGUCGGGGGAAGUAAUGGCUACAGACCCCUCUGCGCAUACUUCCCAAUCUUGUUCCCCUGGAAGUAUUGCUGACACUUCUGUGUCUGAUGCACAACGAUGCAUGUCACUGUAUUUUGCCCUGUGUACUAAGAAACAUUCUCUUCUUCGUCAAAUAUUCAUCAUUUUUAGAAGCUCGCCGGAGUCUGUGAGACAAGCUGUUCAUAGCCACAUGCCUAUUCUUAUUCGGACUAUGGGUGCAUCACCAGCCCUUCUUGAGAUUAUCUCUGAUCCCCCUGAUGGAAGUGAGAAACUUCUGAUGCAGGUUUUGCAUACUCUCACGGAUGGCAGAGUUCCUUCAGCAGAAUUGAUUUCUACAAUUAAGACACUUUAUGAGACCAAGAUAAAGGAUAUGGAGAUUCUGUUUCCAAUAUUGUCUUUUCUACCGAAAGAAGAGGUGUUGAGGGUCUUUCCUCACGUUAUUCAUCUCCCACAAGAGAAGUUCCAGGCUGCUCUUGCACGCUUGCUGCAGGGGCCAACUCCUUCUGGGCCUGUGUUAACACCAUCAGAAAUCUUAAUUGCUAUCCACAGCAUAGAUCCUGAUAAAGACGGAAUCCCUUUGAAGAAGGUUACUGAUGCAUGUAAUGCUUGUUUUGAGCAAAGACAAAUGUUCACACAGCAAGUGAUUGCCAAAGUUCUGAACCAGCUGGUUGAACAAAUUCCUCUUCCAUUAUUGUUCAUGAGAACAGUUCUACAAGCAAUUGGUGCUUUCCCAGCUUUGGUGGACUUCAUAAUGGACAUACUUUCUCGGCUUGUAAGCAAGCAGAUAUGGAAAUACCCGAAGUUAUGGGUAGGAUUCCUCAAAUGUGUGCAAUUGACACAGCCACAUUCUUUUAUAGUGUUGCUUCAGCUACCACAAGCUCAGCUUGAAGCUGCUCUGAAUAAAAUUCCAGCACUGAAGGCACCACUAGCUACGCAUGUAAACGAACAGGACAUAAAAUCUACACUCCCGAGGUCUGUUCUUAUGGUACUUGGCAUCGCGUCUGAAUCUCAAGCUCCAAGUCAGUCACAAUCAGGCCAACCGGAGGCUGGUGGGGAUGCAGUUAGCUCUGAUAAGGAUGUUGUCACAGAGAAGAGUAAAGAAGCAUCUGGUGGGAGUGGGAGCUAACAGACAUGAUGAACUUGGGUAUGAAAACCGUCCUCCCGUAUGAGUAUGCAUGAAAUUGCUGUUGGCAAAUUGUCAACUAUAAGACUUGUCAUAUAUAGAGAUAUUAUGAAAGCGAUCUUUUGGGUUGGACUUUAUGAAGACUUCAUCAAAAGAAAAUCGGAAUGUGAUGUGUGAGUUGUCAGUGCGAAUGUCCAGUAUCCUCCAUUGCAAAUGGGCUUAGGAAGGCUGAUAAAGGAGUACAAACAGUGUGUUAUGGGAGUUUGUCCCCUCUUAAUUAUGGAGUACAGGAGACGAUACUACCGUCCCUUGUAUUGUUGAUUAGUUGUAAACUUGUACCUUCUACCUAAAAUUAUCGAAAAGAUAAAAAGGCAUUUCACAAUAUGUAUUUUCUAAUGCAGCGGUUGUAAUUUUCACUUAGUUUUGCUUGUUCUACUCCACAUAAUUUACAUGGAAGAAAUCUUAUGAGUAAUUAAUUUUACUAAUUGGUGUUAAAAAGUACUUCAUAAUACUGGGUUGAUUGAGUUCAUGUUUUAUAAGAUCGUUCCGUGUAGCGAAUCAGGAUAGAUAAAAUUUUGUUGAUAAACCAAAACCGAAUCCAAAAGGUAGAGACCAACAAUCUUGAAUUACCUUAAUCUUGCUAUAAGGUAUCGUCUUUGGCUCCUUGCCUUUAUGCCUACCGACUUGGUUGAAGGAAAUUGUAUACCCACCAAAGAGUGAAAAUUUGAAAAAAAAAAAGACAA